UUGUUUUAGUUAUCAGAACAAUAACAAUGAUUUCUUUUAAAAUUUUAAUAACAACAAUUGUAAUAUUUUUUAUAAGCCGUAAUAAUGCCGUUAAAGAUUUUAAUCUUUAUCUAAAGUGCAAAGAUGACCUUGAACAUAUUGGGUUCCAUGAUACGUUUGGAUUUAGAUGUUACGUUUUCGCAAAGUCAUUUGAUAGUCGUAUAGAUUUUAUAAAGUAUGCCAUAAGUAUACUUUUUCCAGAUACAAACACAAAUGUAGAGCCUAUUGAUCAUGGUACAGACAACGAAAUGGGUACAACUACUAAUUCCGUUCCAGACGUUCCAGAAUAUAUAUACAAUUACUACGAUGAAAUAAUACUAGUGAAAGAAAAUGGAUCGAAAUUGAGUACUCCAGAACAAUAUUGUGAAUAUAUCUGCAAGGAAAACCCAAGUGUCGUCAAAAAAAUAGCUACAAUAUUGAAAAUUACAAAGAAUUUUACUGUUGAAGAUUGUAUAAGUAAGAUAAUUUAUUUCAUAUUAAAUAUUAACUAAAGAUAACAAUCUAACUAAUGACGAUUAUAUUAACAUAAAUACAUAGCUAGUUAUUAACUUUAUACAUC